UUCAUCUGCUCCUUCUUAUAAAAGCUGCUCCCUCACUGUCUUCAGGCCCACAGACACCUUGGACCCCUCCACUAUCUGGACCUCGCAGCUUUGGACUCCGGGCUGUAACUUUGAGGAAGACCCUCUGAGGAACCCUGAAGCUGGAACUUCUCUGAUAGAUCUGUUGACUCGCGUCUGAGUCCGUCUGAUCUGAGGACGAUACGCCGGUUUUGAUUCUCUCGAAACCCGAAAGCCAUGAAGUCUCGCCGACCCAGCUGCACCGACUCCGGAUCCGAGUCCUCAGAUCUGGACUCCAAGAGCCCGGAGAAAUACGAGACCGCCACGAGGCGACGGAUGGCCGCCAACGCCAGAGAGAGGAAGAGGAUGCAGGGUUUGAACACAGCCUUUGAUCGGCUGCGUAAAGUGGUCCCCCAGUGGGGCCAGGACAAAAAGCUGUCCAAAUACGAGACCCUGCAGAUGGCCCUCAGCUACAUCAUGGCCCUGAACCGGAUCUUAACAGACGCCAGGAGGCACAACGCUCCUCACAGGCAGUGGUUGGACCUGCAGUUUGACUGCGUGCAGCCUGAGAACUACCCGUGCCUCAUGAGGUACGACUCCCCGACCGAACAGGAGUACAUCCACUCGUCGUUCUCGUACGAGUUCGACGGACAUCAGGUCCACGCGUAAACCUGCUGCCACGUGGCAGAUUAUCAGUCAUGUUGUUGGACGUGAGUGACAAUGUGAAUAUUCUUCCUUUAAUCUAGGAGACAGUAAAUACAUUUGUAUUGCAUUAUUUUGUUUUUGUAUGAUUUUGUGUGACAAUCAGAGAGGUUUUUAUUUCAGUUUGAAGUGUUUUUUUGUGUGUUUUUGCUAGGAAACAGCGAUGUUGAGCAUGUUUUUGUUCAUAGAAAUGACAGAUAUGUAGCGUCAUUAUAAUGACCACUAGCAAUGAUGUAUUUCUAUCAGUUAUUUUGAUAUGGACCUAAAUUGUUGUGCAAUGUUCAAUGGAUUCUGAGAAAAUCAUUGUGGUUUUAGUUGCUUAAAGUCAACAUGUAACUACUGUGUUAAAGUGUAAGAACGUGUUUGUAGAGUUGAAAA